AUGGAAUCUUGUGAACGUGAACGUAUGAAACCAAUGGAAAGGACAAUGAAUAUAGAUGAAUCUGAAUCCUCUGACGCUAGAAUUAGCCGGUUAGGAAGAAUGGUUGAAGCCCUAACCAAGAAUCUGAAACAACAGCAACAAGGGCAUAAAGAGUCAGCUAAUUAUGAUAUGAUAACACUGACACAGAAAUACAAUAAGAUAAAACCACCGGAAUUUCAGAGGGAAAGAGCGAAACAGAAGAAAAAGAAGGUUGAAAUGACUAGUAAUUUGAUAACUUCUGCGAAUGAAAAAUCUAGGGCAAUAACUGUGAACAAGGAGAGUCGGGGAAGCAAUAUGAACAAUGGCAUACCUAUUUGUAAAGAAUGUGGGAAACAACAUUGGGGCAUUUGUCGCCGCCUAUCAGGGGCUUGUUUUAGAUGUGGUCAGAGAGGGCACUUGGUUAAAUCUUGCCCGCGAACUCAUCCGAACAACACUAGGCCUAAUGCUAGUACGACUGGUUCUGUUCCUACACCCUAG